AGCAAAGGGACUGACAAAUAAGCCCUCUUCCUCAGAAUCCACUAAGCUGAACCAAAUUGCUGUCCAGAUGGAAGGAUAUUAGCUAUGCUGUCUGGAGAGUUGCCCUCGCCACCUCUAACACAAUCAAUGCUGCAUACUGUAAACCUCAAGAGAUGCUCCCUUUGUUUCUCUGCCUUUUGUUUGAGAGCCUCUCAGUCCCUAGCAGUAAUUCAUUACAGAUUCUGCCCUGCACCAGGACCAGGAAGAAGACCUUUGUGGUCCUAGCUAGAGCUAGGUAAAUACUACUCCAGAGCACCCACAAACAUUCAUAAAAAAAACAAUGCAAUGGCCAGUCAUGGAGGAGAUCCCAGUUAUAGUAUCUGGACAGAGUGAGUCCACCAGGACUGUGAAACGUUAUCUCCCCACCAGUGUCACCUUAGCUGGCAGACUUUGACCUACUGCCCAGCUAUUAGGAGAGAGUUGCUGAUGCUGCUGUUUCUGCCCCCGCCCCACUCCACUGACUGACCUUCAGACUGUACGGUUCAUGCUUCGCAAUAAACAGCGUGUGUGCAGAAGGCUCUGUGCAGCUCUCCCUGCCGAUCUAGGAACCUUCUUGGGGACCUAUCACUCUGCAGGAGAGACCCAACGCUGCCAUGCGUGUUGCUGUGAUCGGGGCAGGAGUGAUCGGGCUCUCAACAGCCUUGUGCAUCUGUGAUCAGUAUCACUCAGUCAUCCAGCCUCUGGAGAUAGAGGUCUAUGCUGACCGGUACACACCGCUCACCACCAGCGAUGGAGCGGCAGGGCUGUGGCAGCCCUACCUGGAUGAUAAGGAAAACACACAAGAGAGGGUCUGGAACAGAGAGACAUUUGAUUACCUUUGCGGACACCUGAACUCACCAGAAGCAGAGGAAAUGGGGCUCUUCCUAAUUUCUGGCUACAAUCUCUUUACACAGCCAGUUCCGGAACCACCUUGGAAGGACAUUGUCCUGGGAUUUAGGAAUCUGACACUGAAGGAGCUUGAACUCUUCCCUGGUUACAGCUAUGGUUGGUUUAACACCGCACUAAUUUUAGAAGGGAAGAGCUAUUUGCCUUGGCUUACCCAGAGGUUAAAGAAGAGAGGAGUCAAGUUUUUUCAUAAGAAGAUUGAAUCCUUCCAGGAGAUGGGCGCGGACGUUAUCAUAAACUGUACAGGGGUCCGAGCAGGGGACCUGCAGCCAGACCCGGGCUUAAUGCCAGGCCGAGGACAAAUUAUAAAGGUCCUGGCCCCUUGGGUGAAGCAUUUUGUCCUGACUCAUGAUCUUAAAUCUGGAAUCUAUAACUCACCGUACAUUAUACCUGGGAGCAAGCUAGUAACCUUGGGAGGGAUAUUUCAGCUAGGAAACUGGAAUGAAGAGAACAACCCCAAGGAUCACAAAUCAAUUUGGGAAAAUUGCUGCAAGCUGAUCCCUAGUCUCCAGAAAGCAACGAUUGUGGAUGAAUGGAGUGGCUUACGCCCUGUGCGCUACACAGUUCGAUUGGAAAGGGAAGUAGUUCAUCAUGGAUCUUUAAAAUCAGAGGUGAUACACAACUAUGGCCAUGGAGGCUUUGGACUCACCAUCCACUGGGGAUGUGCCAUGGAAGCUGCUAGGAUCUUUGGAAGGAUUCUAGAAGAAAAGAAACUGGCCCAAUCUCCACCGGCCCGCCUUUGAUUUCACAGAAAUAACCUAAUAAGCAUUCAUGCCCUCGGCAGCUCCAAAACUGGUCUCUCGUGUACAGUUUUCAGACUGCUGCCAAUUAACUCCCUGUUGCAUCUGUCUCAUCCUUGCUCAGUUCUCAUAUAAACUACACUGUGCAAAUAUUUCAAAAA